CAGUCCAGUCUCCCCACACAAUGGUACAGUCGCCAGCGGGAAAGCGCUGUUUGUCACGUGACAUGAUGUACACGGUCAACAUGGCGACAGAAGAAGAACAAGGAUCGUAGCUUAGAAACGAGAGAAAACAGAGACUUUAUCUCCGGAUUCACACCAUUAUCCCUCGGUUUUUUACGGCUGUUUCUCUGUCAUUAGAGAGUGAGAGUUAUCACGAUGCCGGGGAAAAACGGUGACCAGUUCAAACAGGGAGACCUGGUGUUCGCCAAGAUGAAGGGAUUCCCCCACUGGCCUGCCAGGGUGUGUCAGUGUGACGGCGGUGGAAGAAACAAGAGAAUCCCGGUCUACUUCUUCGGGACGCAUCAGAUAGGAACGAUCCCUCCGGAGAACAUCGUGCCGUACGUCGGGAACAAGCUGAAGUUCGGCAGCGGCGUCCGGAUCAAAGGCUUCACUGAAGGCAUGUGGGAGAUCCAGAACACGCCCGCCGUGGGGAGCAAACUCAAAAUACCAGCACAGAGCAGGGCACAAGCUACACCUGCUAAAGCUACAGCUAAAGCUACACCUGCUAAAUCCACAAAGGCUACCAACGACAAAGCUAAACCCACUCCCAGCAAACCCACUCCCAGCAAACCCACUCCCAGUAAACCCACUCCCAGUAAACCCACUCCCAGCAAACCCCCUCCCAGUAAACCCCCUCCCAGUAAACCCCCUCCCAGCAAACCCCCUCCCAGUAAACCCCCUCCCAGUAAACCCCCUCCCAGUAAACCCCCUCCCAGUCGAGCGGCUCCGGUCAGAAACACUCCCAGCAGAGGAUCCAGUAAAGCAGAAACUCUUCCUCCUCCUGCUGCUGUUUCUGUUUCUAAAACUCCGACCAGAUCUUCUCUCAGAAACGCUCCGGAGAAAACGGAAAGCUCAGGAACAGAUUCAGCUCCAGAGACUCUGAACAGGAGGAGCAGCAGGUCAGCUGCAGCUAAUGCACCAGAGAAGAAGAACGAGGACGAAGAGGAGAAGAAGAAGGAGGACGAAGAGGAGAAGAAGAAGAAGGAGGAGGUGAUUGAUGCAGAGCAACAAAAGAAAAUAGAUCAUGCUGUUACCCUUCCAGUCGACAAGAAACUGAAGAGCCCAGAACCAAAGUCUGAGGAAGAGGAGGAGAAAUCUUCAUCAGAGAGUCAAGGAGUCAAGAGGAAAAGGGACGAGGAAGAGGAGGAAACGAGUGAAGGGAACAAGGAGGCAAAGAGAAAAGAGAAACGGGAUGAAGAGGAGAAGAAAGAAGAAGCUGGGGUGAAGACGAGGAGAGAAGAGGAAGAGGAGAAGAAACCAAAACAAGAUGGUGGCGAGGAGAAGAAGACGAGGAGAGAGACGAGGUCGACAGAAAAGGGGGAGGAAGAGGAGGUGAAGAAGAAGAAGGUGACUGAGGAGGAAGAGGAGACAGGAGGGAGGAAGACGAGGAGAGAGACAAGGUCGAAAGAAAAGGAGGAAGAAGAGGAGACCCCCAAACAAGAUGGUGGCGAGGUGAAGAAGACGAGGAGAGAAACGAGGGAGGAAGAGGAGGUGAAGAAGGUGACAGAGGAGGUGAAGAAGGUGACAGAGGAGGUGAAGAAGGUGACAGAGGAGGUGAAGAAGGUGACAGAGGAGGAAGAGGAGGUGAAGAAGGUGACAGAGGAGGUGAAGAAGGUGACAGAGGAGGAAGAGGACAAGACCCCCAAACAAGAUGGUGGCGAGGUGAAGAAGACGAGGAGAGAGACGAGAUCCAGAGAAAGAGUAGAGGAGAAGGAGGAAGAGGAGGUGAAGAAGACGAAGGUGACGGAGGAGAAGAAACCAAAACAAGAUGGCAGCGAGGUGAAGAAGACGAGGAGAGAGACGAGAUCGAGAGAAAAGGAGGAAGAGGAGAAGAAACCCAAACAAGAUGGCAGCGAGGUGAAGAAGACGAGGAGAGAGACGAGAUCGAGAGAAAAGGAGGAAGAGGAGACUGGGGGGAGGAAGACGAGGUCGAGAGAAAGGGAGGAAGAGGAGAAGAAACCCAAACAAGAUGGCAGCGAGGUGAAGAAGACGAGGUCGAAAGACAAGAAGGAGGAAGAGGAGAAGGAAGGACACGGGACGAAGAGGAAGAGGGAGGAAGAGGAGGUGAAGAAGGUGACGGAGGAGGAAGAAACUGCAGGGAGGAAGACGAGGAGAGCUGAGGAGCAGAAGAAAGCAAAGCAUGCUGGGAAAGAAGACGAGAGAGAGAGUCGGCAGGCGGACAAGAGGCAGAGUUUCCUGAAGUCUCUGAAAGGGUUACUGACGGACGAGAGAGGAGGCCGCAGGAGGAGCUCGCUGAGGGAUGCAGCCACGACCAGCUCGGAGGUUACAAGAAGGAGUCAGACGACAACAUCGGACAAAAAGAACGACAAAGAAUCCACCGCGAGUCUCAGGAAGUCAGAGACAAAGACCUCAAAAAGUGAGAAGAUUGUUGACAAGAAAGAUCAAAAACCUGCAGAGAAACCGACAGGAAGACAGGGACAGGAAGAGGGGAACACCUCCAGUCAGAAAACAACAACAACAACAACAGAGAAGAAGAAGGAGGUGAAGACGGACGAACAGAAGAACGAUGUUUUAAGUAAAAUCCCAGAGGAAGAGAAGGAGAAGAAAGACGAGAGGAAAAUCAUCGGGAAAAUCGUGAAGGCGACGCCAGGACGCGGGACGAAGGUCCAGAUGAAGACGAUGAUGGGAGGAGUGACGAUGGAGCAGGAGAGGAAGAAGAAGGAGGAGGAGGAGAAGAAGAAGAAGAAGAAGGAGGAGGAAGAAGGGAAGAAGGAGAGGAAAUCUGAGGAUAGAAAAGUGGACGACAAAAAGGGAACGGAGGGCAAAAAGGAAAAUGAGGCGAUGAAAAAGAGCGAAGAGGAGAAAAAAUCUACGUCCAAAACCUCCGAAAAGAAAGAAAGCAGCGUGGAGAAAACAGCCACGAAAGACCAGAAGAAGAAAGAAGUGUCUGACGGGAAAACGACCGCAGAGCAGACGACUAAACCACAGAAGAAGAAAGAAGAAACAGAGGUGAAGAAAACAGCCACGAAAGACCAGAAGAAGAAGGAGGAGAAACCUGAGAAGACAGACGGAAAGACCACCGAAGAGUCGGACACGAAACCACAGAAGAAGAAAAGAGAUGGAGCAUCGCAGUCUGAGGACGAGGAGAAGAAGAAGAAGAAGAAGAGUUCAGAUGUUUCCAUGAAGAGCGGCUCGUCGGAGCAGAAGAAGAGCGUGGCGGCCACGGCGGCCAUGACACUAACGGACUCAACGCUGCACCGUAUCCAUGGAGACAUCCGGAUCUCUCUGACACAAAACCCCGACAUCAGUAAGUGUCUGCUGGCUCUGGAUCAGCUCAGUAUGCUCCUCGUCACGUCCAAACACGUGAAGAGACACAGCGAGCUGAUCGCCACGCUCAGGAAGCUGCGGUACUACCGGGCGAACCAGGCCAUCAUGGACAAAGCUUCGAUGCUUUAUAACCGUCUGAAGAACUCCUUCCUGGUGGGCGAGGGCGAGGAGGUGGUGAGCGCCGCCUUCCUGCAGUCCCUCCUGCAGGAGAACGAGAGGGGGGAGGAGCAGAGGGUGAGGAAGAGGAGGGAGGAAGAGGGAGAGAAGGCCAAGACUGAAGCUGCAGUGGUCUGUCCCUGAGUCUUCACUGUUCUUUAAGCAGAGCGGACCGUACCAACUCUAAUCCGAGGGGUGGUCAACAAGAUCCCCCACAUCGCAUUAAACACCUCUAUAGCAGUUUGUUGUAACGAGUGCCGUAGAUACAGACUUCACCACAGCAGUGUUCAUCUCUCACACUAAUUCAACACGUCAGCAUUAAACACAACGUUUACCGUCUCUUUUUCAAACCUUACUUUGUGGGUUUUCUUUGGCAUUAAUGUUCUUUCAUCACUAAAUAGUCAGGAAAUAAACAGAAAAAUUACUUUUAUUUAAAUCCGAUGUGAAGGGCUGAUGGGUAAUGUAGUUUUUUCAGGUUUAAAGUCACUAAAGUGUUUUUAUAAAUCUCUACAGCCACAUGUAUUCUGUAUUUUUAUCGUGAUGUUUUUAAAUUGUUUUGUUUUGUAUCUGCUCGGGUGCCGUUGGGUUUCUAGAUGGCUGUUUUGUAAAUAUGUAAUUUUUGUAAUACAGUGUUUUUUUUGUUUUUCUUCCAAAUGUGAAACAUGUGCUGGUUUUUGUAAAUAGAUGUAUGCAAAGUAGUAAAUAAAAAGAAGUACACAAAAUCUUUC